AUGUGCUCGACCGUCGACGGUUUCGAAAUUUGCAUCGGCGCCUGUCUGGACAAGGGAGGGCAGGUAGAUAUGGUAUACCUUGACAUGUCAAAAGCGUUUGACCGAAUCAACCAUAAGCGAUUGACGCAGAAAUUAGCAAAUUCGGGUAUUGGCGGUAACCUACUAAAAUGGUUUCAAUCGUACUUGACUGACCGUCGUCAACGUGUUACUGUACUUGGUGUAACAUCGAAGUCUCUACCAGUUUGUUCAGGCGUUCCACAGGGGUCAAUACUCGGUCCUGCACUGUUUCUUCUUUACGUGAAUGACCUACUCGAAGCACCCACGUCCAGUCGAGCUGCAAUGUUUGCCGACGACACCAAGAUAUUCUCCGCAAUUCAAUCACAGAACGAUGUUACCUCUCUACAAACUGAUCUUGGAACCCUGGAACAUUGGUCAACGGUAUCUGGGCUAUCAUUCAACCAAUCCAAGUGCAAACAUCAAACGCUAACGCGGAAAAAAGCACCAGUUGCUUCCUCGUACAAGUUGGACAACUCAAUCAUAUCCAUUACUGACAACGAAAGAGACCUUGGCGUGUGGCUGUCAUCAGAUUUAACGUGGAAAAAACAUGUGAACGAGCAGACAGCGAAAGCGAAUAAGAUUCUGGGAUAUGUUAGAAGGAACACAUUGUUUAUUCAAAAUACUGCAGCCAGACGAGCGUUAUACCUGGCAUUGGUUAGGUCGCACUUUGGCUACGCAACCAGGGGCGUAGGAAGCACCUGGAGUUUGGGGGGGCACCGGCUUGUAGGGGCACAUUACUAUCGGAAAGGGCACCUAAAAAAAUUUUCCCGGAAAUGUUGUCGACCUUGCUUAGGGAAUCUCACUUUGCUGUGUCGUUUGUCCUAACCAAGCAGACUAAACAUGGAACUACAUGCUUGGCGCUUCCAUCCAGGCCUUUUGUCAUCGAUCUUACGGUUCACGUUGACAUAUCACCGAAUCCAGGACCAGAUGCUCAGUGCAAAUCAGAAUACGGCAAAUCAGAUGACAAACUUUUGUCUUGUGCAACAGCAGCGGCAUUACGCUCGAUACGAUGUUCGCGAACAGAUUUACUAUAUCUACUACGUUUUCAAGAAGUUUCGAACAGUUUCAGAUGAGUGGUAUGAAUUUAGGAAAGGGACAAAGAAAUCCUACAAGGCAUCACCAGAAAAUUACUAGCCACUCGGUUUUGAAUACUAAUGAGCAUUGGACAAAUGGGCAACAAUACUCCAUUCAAACAAGGAUAACAACACAGUCACGAAACCAACGUCAAAAAACAAUAAUUUAACCGAAUCCACCUUUUUUAGUGAAUUCUCUACUUUACUUGAAGAACUUGUACCUUAUUCUGGUAGUGGUAGUGUCCUUAUCGCAGGAGACUUCAAUUUCCAUGUUAAUGACUCAAGUAAUGCAUCUGCGAAGAAGUUCCUCAAUUUAUUGACAUCAUUUGACUACAGAAACCACGUACUUACUGCUACUCACAAAAAAGGCCACACACUGGAUCUAUUACUAACACGAUCUGACGACAAAUUUGUAUCAAACAUAGAUGUCAUUGACCCUGAAAUCUCUGACCACUCGGCGGUGAACUGCAAACUUUUGCUUGCUAAACCACCUUCCGUAAGGAAACAAGUGAGUUUCAGAAACACAAAAGCGAUUAAUUUCGAUUUGUUUCGUACCGACAUAAAAAAUUCUAGUCUGCUUAAAACACCCAAUACAUCUACGCUUGCCGAAUCUUAUCGAACCGUACUUUCUACAUUGCUGGAUACCUAUGCACCUGUUAAAACCAAGACAGUAACACUACGUCCUGCUACUCCUUGGUAUACACCUGAGAUUCAAGAACAGAAAAUUAGAAAGAGGCGCUUGGAACGUCGAUGGAGAACUACCAAGCUUACAGUGGAUAGAGAGGUGUACACCCAACAAUGUAUUGUUGUAAAUAGGACUAUCUCUGCAGCAAAAACCAACUACUACAAAGACAUGAUAAACGACUGUGGCUCGGACCAAGGAGAACUUUUCAAGAAAAUAGAUAGGAUGUUUAAAAUGCCAGUAGAAGGGAAAUACCCAUCAUGUGCUUCAUCUGAACAGCUUGCAAAUAACUUUGCAGAUUUUUUCGACAACAAGAUAGAUUCCAUCAAAAAGGAUUUGUCCACAAAAUCUGCAAAUCUAUUAUGUUCUCAUAUCAUGGACACAACUUUAUUAUCAAAAGACACCAAACUUGAAUCAUUUGCGCCUACAACGACGGAGGAUUUGCUUGUGCUCACACGAAAACUGGUUAAAAAAUCAUGCAUACUUGACCCAAUCCCAGCGAAGGUACUAAUGGAAUGUUAUACUGAUUUAUUACCGGUUAUCACUAAAAUAACUAAUAUUUCACUGGAAACAGCCACUGUGCCAAACAAUUUAAAAUGUGCUGCUCUUGAUCCAAGACUUAAGAAAGAUAGUCUAAGCACUGACGAAUUUUCAAGUUUCCGGCCUAUUUCAAACCUUAAAUUUGUAUCAAAAUGCAUAGAGAAAGUGGUAGCAACUCAGUUGGAUCAACAUAUCACAAGUAAUAAUUUGGACGAACCCAUGCAAUCUGCGUUCAAGAAACACCAUAGUACCGAGACGGCAUUAAUAAAGGUCCAAAAUGACAUUCUACAAGCCAUUGAUAAUCAAAAUUCCGUGAUUUUAUUGCUGCUUGACAUUUCUGCCGCCUUCGAUACGAUUGAUCACGAAAUAUUAUUGUCCAGGCUAUCCUCUAGAUAUGGAAUCACUGGAAAGGCUCAUAAGUGGUUUGAAUCAUAUCUUAAUGAAAGAACAUUUACGGUGCAUGUCUCGGGUGGUCAAUCCACUAAACGCACUCUAGGAUCUGGUGUUCCACAAGGUAGUAUUUUGGGGCCAAUGCUUUUUUCACUGUAUAUAGCACCAAUUGGAGACCUUAUGAGAUCAUUGGGCAUCGACUUCCAUCUUUAUGCCGAUGACACGCAAUUAUAUGUUACUUUCAAAUCAAAUAAUCCAGACGAUCUGAUAGUUGCAAAAACGAAGAUCGAAGAGUGUGUCCGUGAAUUAGAUGAAUGGUUGACCAUGAAUAAGCUAAAGUUGAACAGUGACAAGACAGAGAUACUGGUGUUUUCUGCUCGCCAUCGUCCAAGUCCAUCUUUGUCUUAUAUAAAUGUUUGUGAUGAUGUCAUUGGCCUCUCUACCAAGGCGAGAAAUAUUGGGAUUAUAAUGGACUCAAAUGUUACUAUGGAAUCACAAGUAUCAACCAUUUGCAAAUCUGGAUUUUAUUAUUUAAGGAAAAUCAGUAAAGUACGAAAAUAUCUCAGCCUUAAAUCUGCAGAGAUUUUAGUACAUGCUCUGGUUACAUCCCGACUUGAUUUUGGAAAUGCAUUGUUACACGGACUAUCGAACACUGCUCUUGAGCGAAUCCAGAAAGUUCAGAAUGCAGCAGCACGAAUUGUCACAUUAACGAGGAAAAGAGAUCACAUAACACCAGUGCUAUUCAAUCUACAUUGGCUGCCGAUCAAGGAAAGGAUUCAAUAUAAGAUACUAUUGAUCACUUUUAAGGCUUAUCUGGACAAGCACCAGGAUACAUUUCUGACCUGUUGGAAGUUUAUGUGCCUAGGCGAAAUUUAAGAUCAUCAUCAGAUAGGAAAUUAGUAGUUCCAAAUUAUAACUUGGAAACCUAUGGUAGACGUUCCUUUAGGGUAUCUGCACCAAUAUUGUGGAAUAAUCUGCCUCAGAAUGUAAGACUAUGUGAAUCUAUAGGAUCUUUUAAAUCAGAAUUGAAAACACAUUUGUUCCGAAUUGUAUAUAAGGAUUUUAUUUAGAGUAAUUUUAACUAUUUUUAGAACGAUUUUUAUAGUCUAUUUUACAAAACUUUAAAUUAAGCAAUUGUUGUAUAAAUAUUGUAAGUUGUAAAUUGUAAAGCGCAUCUGGACAUUUAUGGAAGAUGCGCUAUAUAAAAAACUAAUUAUUAUUAUUAUUAUUAUUAUUAUUAUUAAAUAUCGUUCUCUGCUAUAUUAAAAGACAAUGUCAAUGUUGAAUAACGUAGUGGGCUACUGGGCUUAUAUUCGGGAAACUUAUAUUUGGGGGGCUUAUAUUCGAGUGGGCUUAUAUUCGGGGAGGGGGGGGCUUAUAUUUGGAAUGAUGUAAGCGUUAGUAUAUGUGGUGGGCUUAUAUUCGGGGGGUGGCUUAAAUUCGGGGGGGGGGCUUAUAGUCGGAGGUUUACGGUAUCACAGUCGUUUAGAAAGAAGAUCCUCCCUCCUCAAUACAGAUUACAAGAUUAUUACGAAAGUUCUGGUAAAUCGUGUUAAACCUGUUAUGCCCACGAUAAUUCACCCGGAUCAAUGCUGUUCUGUCCCUGGGCGUUCAAGUGAAGAUAAUGCGACUCUCCUAUACGUGACGUAUGUGACUAUCUGGAAGUUAAUGAACGAAUGGCCUGCGCCUUUAUAUCGAUCGAUCAAGAAAAAGCGUUUGAUUAUGUUGACUGGGACUUUUUAG